UAAUUAGGUUCUGUUUCUCUGAUUAGAUCAAUAUCUUCCACGAUUUUCUGCAAAUGAUGAAGACAGGAAGACCAAGCAAUAGGAACAAGACACCUACUGUGCUCUGCCAAUCAAGAAAUUAUCAAGAAUGUGAUGGGACGGGGAAAAAAGGCCAAAAAGCCAAGGAAGUGAAGGAAUUUGAUGAGACUAAAACUGGGGUUAAAGGUUUGGUGGAUUCUGGGGUGUUGAAGAUUCCCAAGUUUUUCAUCCAUCCCCAGGAAAGCCUGCAAAAUUCAAGGGAUACAAGUAAUGCUUGCCUGCAAGUUCCAGUGAUAGAUUUGGAAGGUUUUGAAGGUUGUCGAAGGGCAGAGAUCAUAGAUAGAAUGCGUGCAGCAUCCGAGAUGUGGGGUUUCUUUCAAGUGGUUCACCAUGGAGUGCCAGUUUGCCUUCUGGAUGAGAUGCUCAAAGGGGUACACCGAUUCCAUGAGCAACCAAAGGAAGUGAGGGCAGAAUGGUACUCGCGUGAUAGCAAGCAACUUGUAAGGUAUUUCUGCAAUGGAGAUCUCCUUGUGAACAAAGAUGCUGCAAAUUGGAGGGACACAUUGGCAUUUAAUUUCCAGGACAGCCAACUAGACAAGGAACUGAUUCCUGAAGUAUGCAGGCAAGUAGUAAGUGAAUACAUCGAACACAUGAUAACACUGAAAAAGACAUUAGCUGAACUACUAUCAGAGGCUUUAGGGCUUCAGAAUGACUACCUUGACAGCAUAGGAUGCAUGGAAACCGAAUCAUUGUUGUGCCACUACUAUCCAGCUUGUCCUGAGCCAGACUUAACACUGGGUGCAACAAAGCAUUCAGAUCCUUCAUUUCUAACCAUACUCCUCCAAGACAGUGUUGGAGGCCUCCAAGUUCUUCAUCAAAAUCACUGGGUUGAUGUGCCUUCUCUUCAGGGCGCCCUAGUAAUAAACAUUGGUGACUUCAUCCAGCUCAUCAGCAAUGACAAAUUCAGAAGUGUGGAGCACAGGGUGUUAGUGGGAGGGGAACCAAGAGUAUCAGUUGCAUGCUUAUUUUAUCCAAGUUCAACAAACGGGUUCACACAAUAUGCACCAGCAAAGGAGCUUCUAACAGAAAAAAAUCCACCUAGAUACAGGGCAACUCAUCUUUCUGAAUUUAUGAACUAUUUCAAGUCCAGAGGUCUGGAUGGCAACUCAAACCUUUCUCCCUUUAAAUUAUAAUAAGCUCUUGCUUAUUGAUAUCAAUAAAAUGAGUAAUGAAUCAUGAUGUUGGAGUUUGAGAGCAAAAACAAAAAAAAUCUCUGUUAAGCAAGUUUGAUAUUUUAACUUCUCUCUGUGUAAUCAGUUCAUCUGCUUGUAAAAAUGAAAAUGCUCAAUAACA